GCAAAAGUUCGGCGUGGGAUGAUGAAGGGCCUUCCGUCCUUCGACUUCGACGUGCGUCAGGGGUGGGUCGACCUUUCCUUCGCAGACGACGAUGAAGACGAAGACGAGGAGAAACACAACUGGGAGUGGUUUCAGAUACCCCAUGCUGGUCAUGCAUCGCCGCGCAAAGCGGUUCAGAAGCCGCAUCAACAGCAACCCUUGUCGAAGGCGAAACCCGUCAAAGGGAAGGAAGAGGACUUUAUCAAGCAAAUGCUCAAAGAACACAACGCAAAGGUGAAGAACGCAAGAACUUCGAGCGCUGGUGAUGCUCGAUACGCAGGACAUCAGACUACCACCGGCACGAAAACACACGGUGCACGCAAGUCCUCGUCCGACGAGCGCAAAAGUUCAUUGGAGUGUGCAUGGCAUUCCAUCUCCCAGGAAAGCAUAUCUCGAAAGAUCCCCAAGGAGGUAUAUGUCCUAGACCAAGCUGAAAACGCCAAAGCUGUCGCCGAUCCCGAUCAUGCAAGCAAUCGUCGAAAGCAGAUCGCAUCUCCGGGAGCUGUGAUUGCCCCGUCGUCCCUUUCGCAUCAAUCGCCCGACCCCACGCGGGCCCAUCGUGUCAUCAAAUCUCCCCACGAAGACCUCCAAGACAUGCUGGACGAACUGAAGGCAAAGCACACACCCCAAGCCAUCCGCGUGGUCACCCAAAUCGACACGAAAGCAGCGGUCAAGCGCAAGCAGCCCCUACCCAAGACCGACCACAUGGAACUGCAGUUACUCGUGCAGCAGCACAACGACAAGCACAAGCUGCGCCGCCUGUCGUCGUCCCACCAUCAUUGACUGACCGCCACACCCCAAUCUUCCCACCCCUGUAAUUUAUACAUUUAUUUUUUUCCGUU